AUGCAAUCCCCACUCGACUGGUCCCCGACCCCUGACGCCCUACAGCCUUCUCCUUCCGCGCACCCAGAGCUGCCAGCCCUGCACAGUGUGGCCUGCGUGCUGCUCUUCCCCGCCUUCUGGUCUCUGGACCAGUUGCUGGGCUCCUGGGCACCUCUCGGAGUGGCCGAAAGUCCUAGCAAAGAGCGGGGCGAAGUCCUAGCAAAGAGCGGGGCGGCGCUGCCGGUGCUCACGGUGGCGGGCCAGCCCCUGGCGCUGCCAGGCCCGCCGCUCUGGCUGCCACUCCAGGCCUGGCGCCGCCCCUACGGCUACCGGCCCCCUCCGCUCCGCUGGGUGCCGCCGCGGCCCUGGCACCCGCCUGCCGAACGCCUGCGCUGCUUUGCCUUCCUCACUGCUGGUCUGUGCCUGCUCCCGGACGGGCUGGCACGCUUCAGCAACCUGUGGCACAGCCAGCCGCGCGCGGGGACCAUUGGUACCAUGCUGCUCAGUAGCCUUCAAACUUCUCUCUAUGGGGCGACCGGUUGCAGCCAGCCGCUGCCUGGGGCAUCCAGCGGGGUGCUGAGGGCCACGAGACCUUCGGGUUUGGAUUUCGUGUGCCUACAGGAAGUGUUCGAUCUCCGUGCAGCUCGUCGCCUGGUGCACUUACUGGCCCCGAAUCUGGGUCCAGUACUGUAUGAUGUGGGCACAGUCGGCCCACGACCCGGGCCGCCAUACUUCAACGUACUGGGCAGCGGGCUUCUACUGGCCUCGCGCUACCCACCGCUGCGUGCCACACUUUCUUGCUUCCCUGGUGCUCGACACGAAGAUGGCUUUGCUUCCAAAGGUCUACUGUCUGCUCAGGUGCAGCUGGGCAUCCUGGACGGGCGCCGUGUGGUGGGAUACCUGCACUGCACGCACUUGCAGGCACCAGUUGAGGAUGGGUAUGUGCGCUACCAACAGCCGACGCUGCUAGACUGAGUGGAGGAGCUUGAGGCUGAGAGCCGACAGAGUGGUGAAGCUGUGGCUUUCAGCGUGCUGGGUGACCUAAACUUCGGUAACUGCUCAAAAGAUCAUGCAAAGGAGCAGGGGCCCAAAAUCUUCAACUGCUUCCAGGACCCCUGCCGGCUGGGCAUCUGCCAGGAGCAGCCCUGGGCCCUGGAAACAAUCUUGAGUACUUCCACGCUGCACCACACCUCCCCAGAGAUGCUUCGAAGGUAAGAGAGGUCCUUGAAGCCAGGUACUGUUGGCACAGACUAGCUAGCCUUAGUUAAUCGAGGCCCCCCCCCAGUGCCUACUGAAUGUCACUUGCUCCAUCUUCUGGAGGCAGGAUUUAUGCUUAGGGCUGGUCUCAUUUCGGGCAAGGACGGCCUCCCGGAGCU